GGGGUGAUUGGUAGGGUGCAGGUGUAUCAUGUUUCGGCGCAGUUUCCGAAGCCUACGACUGCGAGGGAUUUUGUGAGUUUGAUUGUGAGUUGGGAUGAGAGUGAGGGUGAGGAGAGACGGAAGAAGGAAGGGAAGGGGAGGGAGUGGAUGAUGGUGUCGAGACCGUGCGAGCAUGAUGAGGUGCCUCCGGUGCCGGGGUAUAUUCGGGGUAUGUAUGAGAGUGUGGAGUUUAUUCGGGAGAUACCUGUGGAGGGUAAGCCUGAGGGGGCAAUGAAUCCGGUGGAGUGGGUGAUGGUGACGAGGAGUGAUCCGGGGGGUAAUAUCCCCAGAUGGAUGGUGGAGAAGGGUACCCCCAAGAGCAUCUGUACGGAUGCUGUCAAGUUCUUGAAUUGGGCUUGUCGGGACGGGGAGAGGAAGAGGAGGUCCACGGACAGAUCGGUGGGCAGUCAUAGUCAGUAUGAUGAGGAGGAUGCGUCCAGCAGUGAGGACAGUGACGACGAGUCAUACACUGAAGUCGAGCAUCACGGGUUGAUUGCCAGCUUCGCAUACCUGGUGAACGCAGGUCUGGAGCGGUAUGCGCCGCAGACAGUGCUGGACUACCUACCGCAGCACUCGCGCCAGGUCUCUGCCCAGAGUGUCCCUGCCAGCAGCACGGAGCCAGAUGUCGAGGGGGCCAAGGAGCACGAAGACGAUGCAGUAUCGCACGACAAAGCGUCGAUAGCACCAUCAGCAAACUCGGGCGUCGAAUCAUCACUGGAAGCAGGCCCCGACGUAUCCGCGCUGGAGCUAAUGGCCAAGAACAAAAAGGGCAAGCUGACCUCGCACGAGAAGCAGCUAGCGAAGCUAGCAGAACGCAAACGCAACGUCGAAGCACAGCUGGAUAAAGUACGAGCCGACAUCCAAGCCCUCCGCGUGACCUCACCAGUGGAAGGCUCCAAGCGCGACAAGACAUCCACGACCGCUCUAGCAGCAGCAAACGAGCAAGCCAGCAGCGAACCGCCUAGCAGCAGCCCAGCCAGCAGCGUGCACAAGGGCCAAACGUCAAGCAAGAGCCGUCAUGCCGAAAACCCCGAUCACGAGACGGCGAAGAUGCACAAGGUUGCGUCGGGGCUGUUCCACGACGAAUCCAAGCUGCUGAAACAGCUCGGCAAGAUCGAGAAAGACCAGGUCAAGGAAGCAUCGAAGAUCGAGGCGCGGCAGCAGAAGCACGCAGACAAGCAGGAGAAGCAUCGCUCGCGGGCAGAGACAGAGGCGUUGCGCCGCGAGGUGGAGGUGCUCAAGAAGGAGGUGCAUCGACUGCGCGGAGAGCGCAAGCAAUGGCUGGAUUUGAUCGGGUCGUUGCAGAAUGAGAAUACGCGGUUGGCAGCGGCGCAGGGGGGUGGAAAUGACAAGGGAGAGAUUAGCAUGUAAUGUAAUUGUAUAUUAGCGUAGCGUUGUACAUGAUAAUCGAUUGAUUUUAAC